UAAAAUCUCAUCUGCUUCACAGUCAGGUUACAUGGUCACAGAAGCAAUGGCUGCUGCUUGGCUUGUGGUUGCCCUGGUGCAUGCCUUCUUGAUGGGUAGAGUGCUUUGUUUUCCAGCUGGUUUGACUAAAUGGGAUGGAUCCAAUGCUGGCCUUAAAAAAGAUGGUACUCCUGAUGAUUCGGUCAAGAAGGCAUUGGAACUGCUCCAGUCUUUGGAUUUUGUGUUGAAGCAAAGCCACAACAUGAGCGCCAUGGGCCAGCAGAACGACCACCACCAACAGCAAAGCUAUAACGUGAGUGCCAUGGGCCAGCAGAAUGACGAGCAACAGCAGAAAAGCUAUAACGUGAGCGCCAUGGGCCAGCAGAACGACCACCACCAACAGCAAAGCUACAACAUGAGCGUCAUGGGCCAGCAGAAUGACGAGCAACAGCAGCAAAGCUACAACACGAGUGCUAUGGGCCAGCAGAACUACCACCACCACCAACAGCAAAGCUAUAACGUGAGUGCCAUGGGCCAGCAGAAUGACGAGCAACAGCAGAAAAGCUAUAACGUGAGCGCCAUGGGCCAGCAGAACUACCACCACCACCACCAACAGCAAAGCUACAACGCGAGUGCUAUGGGCCAGCAGAAUGACGAACAACGGCAGCAAAGCUACAACACGAGCGCCAUGGGCCAACAGAAUGACGAGCAACGGCAGCAAAGCUACAACACAAGCGCCAUGGGCCAACAGAAUGAUGAGCAACAGCAGCAAAGCUACAACGUGAGCGCUAUGGGCCAGCAGAAUGAUGAGCAACAGCAGCAAAGCUACAACGUGAGCGCCAUGGGCCAGCAGAGCGACAACCACCAACAGCAAAGCUACAACAUGAGCGCCAUGGGCCAGCAGAGCGACAACCACCAACAGCAAAGCUACAACAUGAGCGCCAUGGGCCAGCAGAAGGACCACCACCAACAGCAAAGCUACAACACGAGCGCCAUGGGCCAGCAGAAUGACGAGCAACAGCAGCAAAGCUACAACACGAGCGCCAUGGGCCAGCAGAAUGACGAGCAACAGCAGCAAAGCUACAACACGAGCGCCAUGGGCCAGCAGAAUGACGAGCAACAGCAGCAAAGCUACAACACGAGCGCCAUGGGCCAGCAGAAUGACGAGCAACAGCAGCAAAGCUACAACACGAGCGCCAUGGGCCAGCAGAAUGACGAGCAACAGCAGCAAAGCUACAACAUGAGCGCCAUGGGUCAGCAGAAUGACGAGCAACAGCAGCAAAGCUACAACAUGAGCGCCAUGGGUCAGCAGAAUGACGAGCAGCAAAGCUACAACAUGAGCGCCAUGGGUCAGCAGAAUGACGAGCAGCAAAGCUACAACACGAGCGCCAUGGGUCAGCAGAAUGACGAGCAGCAAAGCUACAACACGAGCGCCAUGGGCCAGCAGAACGACCACGAGCAACAGCAGCAAAGCUACAACGUGAGCGCUAUGGGCCAGCAGAACGACUACCACCACCAACAGCAAAGCUACAACGUGAGCGCCAUGGGCCAGCAGAACGACUACCACCACCAACAGCAAAGCUACAACGUGAGCGCCAUGGGCCAGCAGAACGACGACAACCACCAACAGCAAAGCUACAACAUGAGCGCCAUGGGCCAGCAGAAUGACGAGCAACGGCAGCAAAGCUACAACGUGAGCGCCAUGGGCCAGCAGAAUGACGAGCAACGGCAGCAAAGCUACAACGUGAGCACCAUGGGCCAGCAGAAUGAUGACCACGACCAGCAGCAAAGCUACAUGAGCGCCAUGAGCCAGCAGAAUGACGAAAUGGAUGAUGGAUUGACCAGUUUUUUGACAGUGAAUGUUUAAUGUGAAUGGGUCGAUCUGCAGUGAUAAAAUAAAACUUUUUAAACUUA